AUGGGUUUGGCAUUUAUAUCAGGGAAGCAAUUGCUUCGUCUCACGAAUUUUGCUUUGGCUGCGCUUAUAUUACAACGUUCUGGCGAUGUUGCUUUAUUACUGAAUCCUGCCCCCAUAUCUACUCAGUUGCCAAAGAAGCACCUUCACUUUGGUCAAGUAAACGUUAAUGGUCUUAGAAACAAGACAAUGGAGAUUAAAGAUUUGUUGAACGACACUGGAAUUCAUCUUCUAGCCCUCACUGAAACGAAGUUGGACAACCUUAUUUUUGACGGUUCUUUGACUAUUGAGGGCUAUCAGUUUUUACAAAGGAAUAGAAAUGGACAUGGGGGAGGAAUUGACUUAUACUUUAAAGACUGUUUAGUCUGUAAUUCUGUAAAGUAA